AUGCAGUUCUCCAUCGUCUCCGUCGUUGCGCUUGCCGCUACCGCCUCGGCAUCCUACAUCUCCCCAAACGGCACCGCUACCUCGGCUUACUACCCAACCGGCACUGCUGCUCCCACCCACACCAGCGCCAUGCCCACCAAGUCGACUCUCCCCUUCACUGGCGGCGCCUCGCACAUGGCCGGCUCUGCUUUUGGUCUCAUCGUCGCUGGCGGUGUUGCUUUUAUGCUCUAA